AUGGCAGAAGAUAGUUGCAAUAUCUGGGGGGAGACUAUCCUGGCUCUUCAAAGCGAUGAACUGACACCUACGAAAAUGUGUGCUUGGACGAUAGCAUUUGUCGUAGCCAUCACGUUUGUUACCUCCAGUUUGACGGGCAACUACUCUCAAGUCGACAAGCUCUGGAGUGUCAUUCCUUUUGUUUACUGCUGGAUUGUUGUAACUGAUAAAAGGACACUUCUAAUGGCCAUUAUUGCUACGCUUUGGGGUGUCAGACUGACUUGGAAUUUCAAUCGACGUGGAGGCUACAAAUGGCCAAUAUGGGACGGAGACGAGGAUUAUCGAUGGAAGCUCCUCCAAGAUGGCGCAUUGCUCGAGAUUUUGAAAAACAAAGUUGCUUGGGUUGCCUUCAACCUUCUCUUCAUAUCCUUUUACCAGAAUGUGUUGCUCUUCCUCAUUGUGGCGCCAUCUUUAGUGGCACAUAUCGUGGCGACUGGCUGUGGACAAGCUGUACCACUGAAUGGAUACGACUACUUGGCUACGGCGCUGAUACCUUUAUUCAUUGCUAUUGAAGCCAUUGCCGAUAAUCAACAGUACAACUUUCAAACGGAAAAGUAUCGACGAAAGAAUGCUGGUGAGACCUUGACUGGAGAAUAUGCCGAUGGAUUCAAGUCUAGUGGAUUCUUUGCUAUAGUUCGGAAACCAAACUAUGCAGCGGAGCAAGCGAUAUGGAUAGCAUUCUACCUCUAUAGUAUUGGAGCCGUGAAUGGAGAGAGAUUCGUGAAUUGGUCAUCGAGUGGUUGGACAUUGCUCUGCGUUUUGUUCCAAGGCUCAGGAUGGCUAAUAGAGCAGAUCACGCUUGGGAAAUAUCCAAAGUACGGAGAGUAUAUGGAGCAGGUGCCGCGCUAUAUUCCAAAUCCAAUGGAGCUACUCGGCUUGGGUGCGUCGAAAACGAAGACUCCGUAA